AUUUGCAAAUUUUAGACCCAAUUCAUUUUCAGACAAAACCUUUCGAAACUCAAAGUCAGACAUGCAGUGGUCAAACAAAAGACUCAAUCCCGGCGACAAUACAACCGCCACCGCCACCGAGGCGGCGCCGCCGCGCCUCUCCGCCGAGGAGGAACUCUCGAUCAUGGUCUCCGCCUUGAAAAACGUCGUCUCCGGCGCCGCCACCGAUGAGUAUAAUUUUCUAUUUGGCGGCGGCACCGCCGGAUUUUUACCGGUCGCCGGAGAUAUGGAGACUUGCCGGUACUGCAAAAUUAGGGGCUGUUUGGGCUGCAAUUUCUUCGACGGCGACCAGAAGAAGAAACAGCAGCAGAAUAGGAACAACAAAAUUAAAUCCAAUUCUUCUCCGGCGGCGGCGGACGGCGGGAAGCCAAAGAGGAAGAAGAAGAAUUACAGAGGCGUCCGGCAGCGGCCGUGGGGGAAAUGGGCGGCGGAGAUUCGCGACCCCCGUAAGGCGGCGCGUGUGUGGCUCGGAACCUUCGAGACCGCCGUCGACGCCGCACGCGCCUACGAUCGGGCGGCAAUCGAAUUCCGCGGCCCCCGCGCAAAGCUCAAUUUCCCCUUUUCAGAUUACACCUCUGCCACCUCCGCCGGCGUCACCGCCUCUUCCGCCGCCAAUUCAAUUCCGCGGAAUCAGAAUCCGGCGCCGCCGCAAAUCGGGGAAAUCGGACCGUCGAAUCGGAGCAGUUUGACUUUUACUAAUCCGACCGAAUUAUGGGAUUUGACUAUCGGAGAAGACGAAAUCGAUGAGUGGAUGAUGUCUAUGGAUUUCAACAAUGGAGAUUCCUCGGAUUCUGCUAAUGGCGGGAACGCUCAGAGCAUAUAAUACUUUCUCUGUGUUUGUCGUUUUUUUUUUUUUUUUUUUUUGUAAUUAAAUAUUAUUAUUAUUAUUAUUAUUAUAUAAUAGGAGUAUUUUUGUAGAACAGAGGAAGAGGAUGGUUGGAAAGCUUUUAAUUCUAACCAAGUCUCGUGCUCUGUUUUAUUCAGUAUUGUCUGAGCUUGUACUUCCCAAGGGUCUGUUUGUUUAGCACGUAUUUCUUUUGCCAAAUUUUUCCAAAAUUUUACCAGUUGGAUUCUGUAUUUUUAAUAUUUCUUUCGUCCCAUAAAAAGGAUGUUAUUUUCUA